AUGCACUAUUGGACGGGUGGGCAGUGUAGGAACGGCAACUGCUCAUGGGUAGAUGGCUCAUCGUUUGACUUCGAAAACUUUGGAGAAGGAAAAUCCUAUUCCCAUGACCAGUGUAUAGUUUCGUCGUUCGAGGAAGGUAGAUGGAGUGUCGCAGACUGCAAUGAGGAAAAUUGCUUCGUCUGCGAAACACGUGUUGCAAUGAGCGACUGUGCUGACUGGUAUAGUGCUGGCUAUACAGAAGAUGGUGUGUACAACAUCGUUGUCAAAGGCAAGUUCUACAAAGUCUACUGUGACAUGCAUACUGCUGGAGGAGGAUGGGUCAUGUUUCAGAGAAGGGUAGACAGCAGCGAUUCGUUCUGGGACCACAACUGGACCGAGUACAGAAAAGGAUUCGGAAAAAUGGGGCCGAACACUAACUUUUGGAUGGGUAACGAACUUCUCCAUCAGCUAACUGCGAAGGACCGCAAUGUUACUUUGAGAGUGGAGAUGAGGGGAGACAGAACACCUAACGCGAAAAAUCCCGAUGGAUACUGGUGGAAUCACUAUUUCGAGUUCCAGAUUGGACCUGAAGAAACGGGCUACACUCUUGACGGACUCGCCAUCAAUUGGCGCAAUGUUGAAGGUAAUGCCUCGACUGGAUGGUACGACAUGACGUACUCCGUUGGAGCUAAAUUCUCAACCGUCGACAGGAUCAAUGACCCGAGACCUAACUGCGUUACGGAUUAC